GUCCAUUCUGUGAGGAGUCAAUGGAACAUUGUGUUUCUCAGUCUUGUUGUAAAGGAGAAAUUAGUCAAAAUAAAAGCUCAGCUUACAUUUUGGGAUGCAAAGAAGGAUAUCUCAAUCAAAACUGUGAAACCUAUGUCAAUGAGUGUUCACCAAAACCAUGUCAGAAUGUUACUGACUGCAUUGAUAUUCCAACGGAUAUCAUGUGCAUGUUUUCACCAAUAUGUACAGUCAAGCAUUGUAAGCAACUUCAAACACCACUGGAGUCUUUUCCUUGCAAGAUUAAUGCCACAAGUAUGAAAUAUGAGAAAGAUUAUCAUUGCAGUUGUAUUCCAGGAUUUACUGGAAAAAACUGUGAGAAAGUAAUUGACCACUGCAGACUUUUCACCAUCAACUGUCUGAAUGAAGGAUGGUGUUUCAAUGUAAUCGGAAGAUUCAGAUAUAUAUGCACUCCAGGGUACACAAGAAAUUCAUGUCAAUUUGUGAAGAACGCUUGCUUAAUUCAUCUGUAUGUCUGCUACUGUGGAGCCAUCAGCCAUGAUAUUUGUCAAGCUGAAGUUGCAAGUCCUCCUCAAUUUAAAUACGUGUGGCAAUUGAAACUUACAGGAUCAGAAGGUGAAAAUCGCGAAGUGGUUACUGGCAGCUACUUCUUUCUCGCUUGCAGCUGUAUGGAAGGUGCUGUCAGUCUGAACCGAUCCGAAGCCCUUGGUCAUGUGUGUUGGUUCCUACGUGAAGGAACAAGGAAGAUAUGUGCAAAUGGAUAUAGUUGUUUGAUUAGAGAAGAUGAUAAGGGAUAUUGGUGCCUAUGUACUUCCACAUGGUUUUGCAAAAUGUGUCUGGAAAACACAACUGACUAUGAAGGAAGUAGGUGUCAACAAGAAGCUAUUUAUGAAGAGGAAAUUAAUAUAUCCAGAUGCAGCUGUUUUCUUGGUCACAUGUUUAGAGUUGGUAUACUCAAUGUUGAUGACUGCUUAGGAAACCAGAGCACAUCGGUGCAAGGCCUCUGCCUGACCCAUUUGCACACCUGCAGCUCUCUGCAAAGAUGUGAAAGACACAUCUGUCAAAUAGAAACUGAAGAUUGUAAAUCUGCGCCCUGCAAAAAUGGAGCAACAGGUACACAUUUACUGGUUAUUUCUUUGGCAAAUGUUUCCCAGGAUUUACAGGCAAGUAUUUCUUGA